AUGGGUUACUUUCUUGUGAAAUAUUAUGCGUCACGCGAUUGCUACGAUUUAUUUUCAGUCCAGUCGUGCGGUGCUCUUCUGGUCGCUCCAGGGGCUGUGAAAUAUCCACCCGGAAACAAUUACCUGGACGGCGUUACAGUGACAUUCACCUGCAAACCGGAGUACUUUAUUCAUGGCAGUCAACAACGAACAUGCGUGAAUGGUUCAUGGACACCUGGUUGGCAUGUUUGGUGCAGAUAUCGUUCCGUUGAAAUAGGACUAAAGUGGAUGACUGGCAUUCUAUCGUCAGUAGCGAUACUGCUGUUUAUCGCUUCUAUAUUUCUUGGAUGCUAUAUGCGACGUAUCACACUACAUCCGGAAACCGGAAUGACUUUCCGAAAAUCGGAACACAAUAAGCAGCACAAUGUUUACCUGUUUAGCUCUAUGUCAACAAUAGUUUCGUCAUCACCGAUUCCUCGUAAGGAACCGCCUCCAUGGUCGCCGUCGAGAGCAACUCCAAAUCACAUCCCAGCAAAGCGGGACCCAGUGCCAGCACCGUCUAUACUUCGCCAUACUCGCUCACCUUUCAGGGCCUAUGAAACGUCCACUUGA